AGCCGAAUGGGAAGACUCACCUAUACGCAUAGACCUGCAUAGAAAGCACGCUAACUCUUUUUUUUUCUUUCUUGGCGUUUCAUCUCGGGAAAAGGUAGAGCCAGUUUUGAGUCCUCGCAGACGUUAAACUAUUUUGUUUUCCACUUCGAUCAAAGCGGUAUCAAUGUCGUCAUCCUCGAGCGUUCCUGUCGAUUUCAUAGACCCGUAUGUGCUGGAAUUUGCGCUUAAUUUCAAAUGGCUGCUUCGCUACGCUACCCAGCACCUUGACCCCAUGGUGGAGGUGCAAUACCCCACUUUUGUUGCGGACGUAGUGAACAUGGAACGCGUGCUUGCUCAACUCACGUUUGAAAGGAGCUGCGCGCUCAACAACAUGCCGUUUGGCGCACUGCGGUUGUCGCGAGACAUGGUGCUCUAUUUACUCGUGUGCGACCACCUCCUUGGUGGGUGUCCGCCAACGAUGCAUCCUUUUCUUCAGCAGGCGUACAGCAGUUCUCGCGAUAACGCGCAAACGCAAGGCGGAGGUCCGUCGUCUUCGCACGCGCUGCAGCGUGAAGCGGUCAUCCGGUCUCGGCGGCCGGCCACACACGCGGACUUCAACGAGAGCUUUCCCAGCGCAAGUGAUGACGACGCAGAAGGCGCAGAAGGUCGAGGUGGGGUGGUGACCGCGGCAGUUGCAGAGCCAGCAACACGCGCGUUGGACGGCAGGCAGCUCGGCACUCUUGACAGUGCGGUCGCACAGAUGAGCACUUCUGAGACGACGGGUGCGGAGGGGACGGCGGCACAAGCCGCUCUACUUUUGCUGCGGUGGCUCUUUGUGGAAGGCGUUUUGUCCGAAGACGAACUUGCGGCAACGCUCAACCUUGACCGCGUCGGCGACAGCGCAUCUGAUGUACGCUCUGGUAAUAGUAAUCAAAGUGAAGACUCUCGAGCCUUUCAACGGCACCAGCGACUGGCAGCUCGACUGGCGGAACUCAUACCGUUCUACCUCGGUGCACACGUUCUUAUCUCCCGCUCCAUCCUCUUGCAGUACAGCGCAACGCUGUUGACGGCAGACGGCGUAAUGCAACACGUCCGGCGCUUAGAAGCCCCCCUCGAAACGAAAUCCAAGUACGCGCGGUAUUCGGUGGUGUACCCCCCUAGCAGUGUCGAGGGUGCGUUGUUGGAGUGGUUUCAAGCAGUCAUGGACUCCGCGCAACAGCAAAUCCGUGACAACGCAGUUUCCUCGGCACGGUUAACGAGCUGCAUUCCGCUGCAGAGCUUUAUUGAGCACGGUCCCUUCUGCCAGGACGUGCUCGAUCCAUCCGAACGUGACUUCUUCCGCCUCGUGCAGUGCGGGGAGUGUGUGUGCAUUGCACUAUGGUUCUACUGCCCCGAGGCGCUGCCGCUGACGGAGCUGUCGCAUGCUCUACGGGACGCGGAGGCUUUUGUAUCGUCACCCCCGCCCGAGGCAGCGCACUUCUCGCGUGGCGAGGCGGCUGAUCUUGUUCAGCGUCAUCGGUCACUGUGCCACUGGACCGCGAUCAUCGCUGCGUCACGGUACUUGGGUGUCGUGCCGUUGCUGUCGCCCGAAGAGGUCGUCUCCUUUGGCCGCACCGCGCUGCCGCUGCACCUCUUCGUGCUUAUUCAGCAGCUUUUCGCCGUUCUCGCGACGAACGCGGAAGAGGACGUGCGUGUGAGCGCGGAUACGGCGUGGUGGAGGCAAAUGGGCACCUCCGACGCGUACACGAAGGUCAUGGCGGCGAAGGAGAUGACACGGCAACGGAAUCCAAACUACGAUGAGGACACGCACACGGGAGCGACGAGUUCUACACUUCCCGGCGCGCAGCAUGUGCUGAGGCAGUCCAUGCGCGACAGCUUUCCUCCGGAGGCGUUUUCUCAUUUGCGCGAAAGUGGCCAGGAAGGAGAAGAGGAAAAAGUCGAGGAAGAGGUGGUCGUUGGAUCUCCCAACGCUGCGACGAGCGCCGCACUGGAGCAUGUACCAGAAGACCCAGACAUCAUGGAGGCGGUCAAUCGUCAGCCGACACACGACGAAACAGUAUCAGCCAGGCUUGGCAGAGCGCAAACUCUGGCUCUCCCCCCAACCACGGCAGCAGUACCCAACGUUCUAUCCCUCAUCCGCAAUUCCACUCCACUCCCCAAAGAGCGUGUGAGUGUCGAGGACUUUACGGCGACUCUGGCCGCAGAGGCCGUUCCAGGGGAGCGCAACAUGGGCCGCAACAGCAAUACCAAUACCAACAGCUGUGGCAGCUCCUCCUCCGCCGCUUCGACUCAUUUCACGGUGGAAUUUGCCCACACGCAGCGGGGUGACACAGAGGGUUCAGAUGCCCGCAUGGGUACCAUGGAGGCUGCGGCAUCGGUGCUACGUCCAAUGGUACGGCGGCGUGCGAAGGAAAGUCCUGUGACGACUGGGGAGAUGCGCUCUUACUCGGGCACGACGUUCACGUCCAUUGACACGGAGCAUCCUGUGGCGACUGAGACGUACGAGAAGGCGAGUGACGUGUUGUCUGGAUCCGUGAGGAAGGUGGAGUUUGCGGUGCAUGUUGUGGACACCUAUGUUCGCACCCCAGACGACGUACCACUCACAGUGGACGAGGUGGCGAGAUCGACAGAAAUCCUAGGAGAUGACAUAGAGGAUGGGCCGUUGAAGAAACCACCCUGGAAUGCAGAUGAGAUUCCUUCAGUGAGUGCCGCCGGUCCGCAAGGUGUGCCGUAUGAAGCCGCUUCUGUAUUGUCCAGCGAGCAUCGCUCCCCUCGUACGGGACAUGCCGUGGAAAGCCUCGCAACAAAGAAGACUGCAUCAGUCGCACCAGUGCCCGACGACGUCGAUACAAAUUUGAUGAGUCGAGUUGAACCACGUCCCUUGCUGGAAGACAAACAGCUUUUAUCACCACCGCUCUCUGGCCCUCGUGAAGACAGCGACAAGACGCGAUCACCUUUCGUAAACGACCCACAGACCGUUGCAGCGUUCAACGUCGAUUCACAAUCCAACGCCUCUUCACUGACGUACAGCGCGGACUUCGUGGUGGAGUCCGGCCCUCCGGACGCGUCAGAAUCGCCAAUGAACGAGGUUGUCGUGGCUGUGGACACGAGCGCGUCGUUCAGCGCACUAGCGUCGCGAAACCAAGUGACAGACGAUGAUAUUAUGGUCUCCGCGUCGCCGCUGGUACCGCUGGGUGACGAAGCGCACGACGGCGAAGUCCAAACAGCUUCCUCACCUCUAAAUGGAAGCAUCCAGGAAACGAGAAAUAAGGUUAGUGUACCUUUUCCCGACUCCGCAGUGGUGAUCAAGAAGUUCACGGCAAUGGCAGACGAUGCGGACACAGCGGAGAGUAGUAUUAGCGACAACAACAGGAGCAGCAACAACGAUGACACAGCACCUUCACCGGCAAGUGUGAAAGCGAUCGAGAAAGACGGCAGUCCCUCCAGACCAUCAAGGCUCUUAUCAACACCUUCUUUGUCUUCUGUUGAGUCGGACGCGGCUGACUCGCCUGAAUCUUCUGCCCACAGCGAAGCAACAACGCGUGGAAACGACGAUGUUCCUAAUGUGUCACCGCUCGCGCUUCUCGCCGCACCGACGCACCCGGUCGCCGCGACCGCGACACCAGCAGGGCACUCCCACAGCGUCACCCACGACAGCGAGGCGCGCUCGACCCCGACAGGGACCGCUGCGCCGGUUUCGGCGCACUCGCGCAGUGUCACAGACAUCGCCGUAGAAUACGAUAGUACAUUUUCCGCCCUACGCGAUAAAGCCACGUCUGGGAUAAGGGAGUCCUUUCCGACGCCGACGGAACGAGAAGAAGCAAAUCGCCUGCGAUCUCGUUUGGUGGAAACGACAAGUGAUACUUCCGCAGAUGUGCCGGUGGUGUCGCAGCAGACGCCCGUGCCUGGGCACGUCCCCGAAGCCUCCGUCCAAGACUCUGUGUGUCAGCCCGGUGCGCUCUCUCCCUCUCCGAUUCAACCAGAGAGGGAGCUGCAGCUUUUGCGCUCCGAACUGCUGCCUGCUGAUCCUCUUCUGCGUGAAACCGCACUCUCCCAUCAUACACUUAGUGACGACGACAAGAGCAACGUGGAGGGUCUCUCGCCGCUAACACCGGCGCUGACACAGAGUGUCUCAGAGGUGUACGGCAGCGAUUACGCGUCGCUGCUGGAGGGUGUGGCGAGUUCGUACGGGAGCCUACCGCAGGGGCACCGACCACGGCACUGGGCCGAGGAGAGCUGGUUUUCUAGUGUGUCGCACCCCAAUCGGCAGUCAAUCCAGAGCGCCGCUGGAUCGAUGCUGAGUGACGGAUCGCCCUAUACCUCCACCCGCGUGCGUGAGCUUCUCCACCGCCUUGGCAGCACGGCCGUUGCGAAUCUUGACGACAAGGACAAUGUGGAGCUGCGUGGAGCACUGGCGAGGCAGCAGGAGCUGGUACAGCAGCUGACCGCCGCGUUGCAGGAGCGGGCUCGCAGUCGUGAGGAUGCCCGCGGAUUUGCACCGCCACUUCGACCCCGUGACCGCAGGCGCCAAGUCCAUCUUCGCUCCCCUUCUGAGGAUCUCCGUCGCGGUUCCUCCUCUGUUGAGCGGCAACGCAGUGGAAGCCGGUCACUCCUGACGGAUGUGCAGAGGCGUCAUGGCGGGUCCGCGGCGGAGAACUUGAGGCAGCGGAGUUUGUCUGGCAUGACAGUGGAGUCGCAGGCGACGCCCACGCGCUCUCUCCAAACCGACGUCGGUGCACAACUGGCAGAGACAGACGUCUCCUCCUUGUUGGCCGACGUCCUCAUUCCUGCGAAGUCGGUGAGUCCUACGCGAGCCACGCGACAGUGA